AUGGAAUCUAGGACACAUAACAUUAUCUGGGAGUAUCAAGAUUCGGACUAUGCUUCUGUGCAAAAGUUGUAAGGUUUCAGAGAGCAUGAAGGAGCUGUAUGUGUCCUAAGCCUGAAACAGCUCUGGGUUCAGACUCUGCUGCUCAGACUAUUUAUUCUCUUCCCAUUCCUGUUCAGCUCUCUUCUGGUCUCCUUUUUUGUAUUCCCCACACAGGGAAGACAACUCAGUCUCAGCGAAAACCUGCAGGAUAAUUGAGCAUCCUACGUACACCCGGGUCAGGGCAGCUGGUUAUCCUUAACAGGAACAAAGGCAAUAUUACCCUGAGACCCUUUUGGUGCAUGGGAGCUGAAACUCAUCUCAGUGAGAAAGGGAUUUCGGCCUUGCCGAAGCACUCGUUAGACCGCCCUGUAGUUUGCUGCUAAAGUAGAGAGGGUGUUAUUGUUCACUUCUAUGAUGCAGUCGAAACUCUACCACAACCUGGAAUCCCACAAGGAGGAGGAGUUUGUUUGGCCAUCACUUUGUGGCAGGCUCAUCAACUUCCUUUUGUUUAAAUAUGCAUAUAAUCUUAGGACUGUUUAGUAUAACAGUAAAUAACUCCAGUGAUGGUGUUGCAUUUAUAAAGAAGUGAUUACAGUAAAACUGGAUUCUGGGGAUUGUUUUGUGUGAAUAUUUAUAUCCUGUGUUUCCUUUUUGCUGUAUUAAUCAUAUUUACUUUGAUUACUGAAGCAUGCUUAAUACCUUUAUAUUGUUUUACCAUU